CAUUUUUUCUCGCUCCCCGCCGUCAGACGUGUAAUUUUUGUCUGUAUCGCCGUCUCGAGUGGAAGAUAGCUGAAGUCAUGGACACGCUGUAUCCGAAUCUUCACGAGCGCUUCGAGACCGAGGGCCUCUGCGCCAUCUGCCUCAUGGAGAUGGAGCUGACGCCGAGGUAUUCGUGCGUCAACGGGCACACCAUGUGCCAUCGUUGCAAGCCUUACUACUACGCCUGUCCCACCUGCCGCACGCCGAUGGACGUGGAAAUCCUGCCGCCGUCGUUGGACGCGCCACCGCACCUGAUGCCGCAACCCAUGCCGCGUCGUGUCGACUACAGCCCCAGCGCGCCGUCUCUGACGAGAGACUUUCUGGAGCACGAGAGGACGAGAGUUUGGGAACCGCCGACGCCGGACCAGCAGCUCAGAUCGUGCGCGUAUUCUCAUUUAGGAUGCUGGGUGAAGAUGCCCAAACACCUGCAGGUUCUCCAUGAGUCGAGGUGUCAGUUUCGGCCGCAUCUGGAGGAGGAACAUCUGCCGACGGACCUUCAGCAUCGUCACGACGAUUUGGUGGACUGCCCGUAUUCAGCGGCAGGAUGUAAGGUCCGCACGGUACCGUGGAGACGCGGCAUUCACGGAAACUUUUGUAUCUACAAGAAGUUCCACGACGUGGACAACAUCAGCGAGGGUCUCGCGCGCGCGACAUUCGUCGAUAACGAUUACGACGGCGAGCAAUUGGUGGAGUGCAAGUUCCGGCGUUACGGCUGCAUGGUGAGGAUGCCGGGGAGGCGCAAACUCACGCACGAGCAGAAAUGUAACUACAGGGACUAUCGCAGCGAGACGGACGACGAGUACGAUUGCAUCUGGAUGCCGUCGGAAUCGGAUUCCAAGGAAAUGCAAGUGGAAUGCAGAUGGUCCGUAAACGGCUGCCGGGUCAGACCGAAACGUUACCGUAAGCAGAUACACGAGGACAAGUGCAAUUACAAGAUGGAAGAGUGCGCCUACAAGGAGCGCGGCUGUGACGCCAUGUUCAUACCGGCCAGGAAAUACGCUCACGAGAGAACCUGCGAGUACGCCAAUUGAGCGAAUGAUGAUCGAUCGGUACGAAUGCUCGAGCUCGGAAGGAUACACGCAUAUGUAAAACAGUCGCAACGCUCCAAGUUCUAUUUGAUUUUUAUCCGGACACGCGCGGAAAGCCAGCCUGGAAGCUGCGAAAAGAUCACCUCUGAUCGUACACUGAACGUACAAUCCUGCCUCCCCUCGGUCGCGAGUUAGACCUGCUGCUGUCAAUAAAUCGAACGGGUCCAGCGAUCCCGUAAAUCCCGCUGCACGCCGGCCGAAUUCGUCGAGAUAACGACAAUUAACAACAACAAAGCGAAUCUACCGUCGAGGCGGGACGAAAGCCAUUAACAGCGAUUUCCAAGAAUCCGUGGGAUAAUGCGGAAGAGGAUUAUUUGCUCUUUCUCUCUCUCUUUCUUUCUCUCUUACUUUCUAUCUAUUUAUCUAUCUAUCUCUCUCUCUCUCUCGCGCGCGCGCGCGCUUUCUCGAUCCCAUUCCGACGCGAGCUAGUGAAACUUGCGCCUGUCGUUCGGGGGAUCAUCUUGGGCAUGAUCGCCGGGAAUGAGGGGGCGAUGGCGUGGCUGGGAUAUCCAACACCUGCAGGCUAAUGGUGGGCCUCCCUGUGCGCGCCCACGAUCGCGCCGUCGCUCGACAAAACGACACCUACACGCGCUUAUAGCACCCAUUUAUAACGUCGGCGCGUGCAAAGGAUGGGAGCGGGAUCCGUCCCGAUGCGCGAUCACGGACGGUGGCUCGAAGUGUUAGUCUCAAAGUCAAUAAAACGCGGUUUCGAGAAAUGAUGUAACUCUGGCUGUUAUCUCGCUCGUUAAUCGUCAGCAAGGAGAAUUUCGCGUUACUUGAGUCAACGGGCACGAGAAUGUCGGGCAAAUUAUUGUCGGGGUCGGAAAAACACGUUUUAUUACACGAGGGUAAAAUAAUUUCUUGUUGUCGUAUUAUUAUAUCCUGUUGCGACACAUGUAGCAAAUAAUUGUCGGUUAGAGACACGUUUACUCGUGAUAUGAUGCAUAGGAGUAAACAUUGUGUGAGGAAUCGGCAAAAGUUCAACGUCUGCAAACAAAGGGUGCAAACGACGGCCGGAAUCUAUUUUUUGUGCCAUGAAAAUCUGAGAGAGUCCCACGGGUGAAGGCAUACACCUUCGUCCCUACUAAAUAAAUACCGAAUGGACCGUAUCGCGAGAAACUCUUGUCCGUCCGCGACGCGAACGUUCCGCCAUCUCGGCGGGUCAGAACUUCUAACGUACAGGAAUGACCUCUGAAUGAUGGACAAAGGGGUGCGGGAACUGUUUUACAUAGUAAAGAUCAGGAAGGACCAUCGUCUCUGACCGAUGCAUGCCUUAAAGUAGAUAUAGCAUCGUGUCUGAGUUCAAAGUCGUAUUAAGAGAGGAGAGAAGCAUCGCUGGAUUGUAUCCGGAUCCGGGAACAAUCGAUAUGACUCUUAUUCAAGGCAAUAUCACCCCUUAAUUCCUACCCUUUACCUUCCCUAAUUGCGUUUCGGACUAUUCGCUGAUUUUUAAUUAAACCGACUCACAAAGAGAUUGCGCGGUUUAAAGAGGAUAUUUCAUACCGCCACUUUGAUUUCGAACAUCCAGUUUUAUUUGAAUA